UAUAAUCACAAUUUCUCUCUCUCUGUCUCUCUUUCUGUCUCACCUUAUAUAUAUAUAUAUAUUGAUUCAUACACAGACAUCUCAGUGUGUGACUGUGGGAGGUUUCUUUCUUUCUUUCUCUACAUCAACCUGUAGACCAGAGCUUUCAGCAAACCCCUAUUCUCUCUCUUUCUCUAUAUGUAUAUAUAUAUUGUGUAUACAUAUGCAGUUGAUGAAGGGAAAAGCAUUUGAGCUUUUAAUUUUAUUCGUUCCUCUGUAAUUCUCAUUAUACAUUUGAUUUAUACACGUAUAUAGUGUGGAGUAUAAGCUGCUUCAGAUUAAGCUGUGUAGAAACAGUUUUGGUGGGUUUUAGAGGGCCGGCGAUGGCUGCCGAGGGUUUUUUGGUGAUGGCGGCGGUGGUUGCUAUGGCGGCCGCGGCGGUGGUGUCGGCGUUGAAAGCCGGUGGAGGAUUUCAGGGAGUACUGACUCUGGAGAGGGCGUUUCCGGUGGAGGGGAGACUGGAGCUUGAGGCGAUUAAAGCUCGGGACCGGGCGAGGCACGCGCGAAUCUUGCAGAGCUUUCCCGGCGGCAUCGUGGAUUUCACGGUUGGCGGUACCUCUGAUCCCUACGCCGGGGGACUUUACUACACCAAGGUGAGAUUGGGAUCUCCGCCACAAGAGUUCAAUGUGCAAAUUGAUACUGGGAGUGAGGUCUUGUGGAUUACAUGCAAUUCCUGUAACGAUUGUCCCCAGAACAGUGGAUUGGGAAUUCCUCUCAAUUUCUUCAAUGCUGCUACAUCUUCAUCUUUUUCAUCUAUAUCCUGCUCGGAUAAUAUAUGUGCUUCCAUGGUUCAACUUGCAUCUGCUGAGUGCUCUACUGAAAGCAACCAGUGUGGAUACUCAUUCCAAUAUGGAGACGGGAGUGGUACUGCUGGCUUUUAUGCAUCUGAUAUGCUUUAUUUUGAUACGAUUUUGGGUACCUCAUUGAUAGCCAAUUCUUCGGCUCCUAUUGUUUUCGGGUGCAGCACCUCUGUGUUUGGGGACUUGACUAAAUCAGAUAGAGCAGUGGAUGGAAUAUUUGGGUUUGGACAGCAGGGUCUGUCGGUGAUAUCACAAUUGUCAUCACUAGGAAUCACACCUAAAGUAUUUUCUCACUGCUUGAAAGGAGAGGGCCGUGGUGGUGGCAUAUUAGUUCUUGGUGAGAUAUUGGAUCCGAGAAUCGUUUAUACUCCCCUUGUGCCAUCACAGCCUCAUUAUAAUUUAUAUCUGCAGAGCAUUGCUGUCAAUGGGCAGUUGUUACCUAUUGAUCAAGCAAUGUUUACAACAUCAGGCAACCAAGGAACCAUUGUCGAUUCUGGAACAACUUUGGCAUACCUUGUCGAAGGAGCUUAUGAUCCUUUAGUUGCUGCUAUAACUGCUGCUGUUUCUUCAUCUGUGAGACUAAUUACUUCUAACGGAAACCAGUGCUAUCUAGUCUCUACGAGUGUAGCUGAGACAUUUCCAGCUGUUUCAUUCAAUUUUGCUGGUGGUGCAUCCAUGGUUUUAAGACCGAUUGACUACCUUGUGCUCACGGGAUAUCUUGAUGGUGCUGCUGUGUGGUGCAUAGGAUUUCUUAAGGUCCAGAAUGAAGGCACAACUAUUUUGGGAGAUCUUUUUCUCAAAGAUAAAAUCUUUGUUUAUGAUUUGGCUCAUCAAAGAAUAGGAUGGGCAGACUAUGAUUGUUCCUUGUCGGUGAACGUCUCCAUAACUUCUGGUAAAGACGAAUAUGUGAAUGCGGGACAGCUGAGUGUGAGCAGAAGCUCAUCAACUACUGAUAUCUUCAAAACAAUGCAUAAAACGUAUAAUGCUCUCAUGCUGCAUAUAUUGGUAUUUUUUAUCGGGAUUCAGCUUUUGUAAAUUACAGUUCAACGCAUAUCCAUUUUUUGCUGUCUCUGAUUUAUAUUCUUUGUAAUUGGUAAAACGUUAAUCCCACUUCAAGAGAUUAAAUCUGUUGAUU